AUGGCGGCUCAAGGCUUCAUGCCGACCUUUGGUGUUGGGUGCCGAAGAAUCACCCCUGCAGAUCCGUAUGUGAAGGCAAUCCAGGAACCCAACGUCGACGUCCAUUUCACUGCCGUGUCAGCGAUCACGGAAGAUGGGCUGAUCGGCGCAGACGGCCUCGAGAGAAAAGCGGAUACGAUCAUUUGCGCCACAGGAUUCGACACUUCGUACCGACCCAGAUUCCCAUUCGUCAGCCAAGGGGGCGUUGAUCUUCGUGAAAAGUGGAAGAUAUGCCCGGAGUCGUAUCUCGGCCUGGGAGUCCCAGGAUUCCCCAACAUGGUGUCGUUCUUUGGGCCGACAUGGCCAGUCCACAAUGGAUCGGUAAUUGGCCCGCUCCUAGAGGCAGGCAUCUAUGCUGUCAACCUUAUCCGCAAGAUUCAGAAUGAAGAAAUACACUCGAUCAGCCCGAGACAGGAUGUCACAGACGCCUUCAACGCGCACACUCAGGAAUGGAUAAAACAUACCAUCUGGGCUGACGACUGCCGCAGCUGGUACCGGAACAACGAGACAGGCCGGGUCAACGCCAUAUGGCCUGGCAGCUCGGAGCAUUUUAUCGAACUGAUCAAACAACCCCGGUACGAGGACUAUACAAUCACUUAUCGCAAUAAAAAGAACAUGUGGAGUUUCCUCGGACUGGGAAAUGUUCCUGCGAACGUCAUAAAGGGUGUCGAUCGAAGCCCGUAUAUCUCAGUGGAUGCGAUUGACCCUGCAUGGCUGGAGGAAAUACAGCAGAAUGGCAGAUCAGACAUGCAUAAGACAAGCAGAGAUUGA